CUUGAGAUUGAAUGUAACGUUAUUGUCGAACGCACCCGCCCAAGAUUUAACUUUUCUGCGAGUGCGACGAACGUGGAUUUUCCAGGAGUUAUACUUUUAUUGCGUAUGAACGGAAUAGAAUUGCGUGACAAAGUACUUGUAGAUCACUGAAUACUAGUAGAUAGCCUCUGUGGACCAAAUGCCGAUGGGAAGAAACAAGAUGGCUGCCGUCAGCCCAAGUCAGAUCAAAACACUGUGCAGGAAAGCAAAGUACAAAGAUGAGACAAAAGUGAUUGAAGAUCUGCGACCUGUAUUUCAGAGAUUUCCGACGUUGAAGUUACUCGUGGAAAAUUAUGUAUUUACUGACGGUAGUGAGAAGACUCUGCUUAAUUUAGCAGGCACUGUACCGGUCUGUUUUCAAGGUAACAAUUACAAUAUACCAAUACGUAUAUGGUUCGAAAGAACGCAUCCAGAAGAUGGGCCGAUUUGUUACGUAGAACCGACUAGUGAUAUGUACGUGGAACCGUCACAGUAUGUGGACAGAGAGGGGAAAAUAUAUCUUCCUUACUUACAUGAAUGGAAUUAUCCCGCGUUCACCACGGCCGGUCUGUUAGGCGUCAUCAUAGCAGCUUUCAGUGAAAAGAUGCCGGUGUAUGCAAGAAGUAGUUCUAGACCUUUGGAGCAACAGAGAAGACCAUCUACAGUCAGCAGUGUAUCAAUAGCGUCACUUAAUUCCAUCUCUUCAAUGGAUUCUAACGAUAGUGAUUACGUAAGACGUGGCUCAUCCAGUAUCCUUGGUAACCAACCAUAUUUAGAACAUGCAGAACAAUGCAAAGGAUUCAUACACACAGCGGUUAAAAAUUACAAACAUAAAAACGCUGUGAAGCGGGAUGUACAUGAAACACUUGCCGAUUAUAGAAAUCUCAAUCCAAGACUAGACGAUAAAGAGGACAGUAAUGGCCGCCUCAUAAAGACAAUGAACUUGACUGGCACUGUGCCAAUUACUUACCAAGGCAAUGUUUACAAUAUACCAAUUUGUGUGUGGAUCCCAAGGGAGUAUCCCGACUGUCGGCCGCUUUGCUUUCUCCGACCCACUCCUGAUAUGGCUAUUAAAGCAUCGCCGUAUGUGGACCCGGCUGGAAAAAUUUUAUUACCAUAUCUGCAGCACUGGAAACAUCCGAAUUCUGAUCUCCGUGGUCUUAUUCAAGUCAUGUCGGUGGAGUUUGGUAAAGACUGUCCAAUAUAUUCAGCAAACGCAUCACAGCCGAGCCAAUCGACACCUCGUGAGAUACAGCAACCGACAGUGUAUCAACCACUCACAAGACAGUUACCACAGACACCUGCUCAGCUAUCAUCAUCUUCGGACUCUUCAACGUCUUACAUGUCGCUGCAACAAACGGGUGCUGUGGGUCAUUACAUGGCCUUAAAUGAGCAGCCACCACAGCCGCAUAGUUCCUAUUAUAACAUCCAACCAGGAAUGGUGACACCGGAGUACAAACCAGGACAGCCGCAGAGUGCACUGUUGUUUGGGCAAAUGGCAAACAGACCACUACCUGCACUUCCACCAAAUGCAAGCCCCGAGCAGCAACGAACCAGAAGUGUAGAAGUUGAACGCAGGGCUCAGGAACUCAAACUCCAAGCUCAGCACGCCAAAAAACUAGAAGAAGAAAAAAAAGAACUUCAAGAAAAAGCAAGGGCAUUAGAAGAUAAGCACUGUUGCCCCAUUUGCAUGGAAACUACGCGAGAUGUUGCAUUUCAGUGUGGUCACAUGACAUGUAGGAAGUGUUCUGAACUAAUACAUAAAUGUCCAAUAUGUCGAACUGCAAUCACACAGAGAAUCAAUCUCUAUCACUGAAAUGUCAUCCAAUCAAACAAUGGCUUUCAUAGAGUGAUUUGUAACAUACUUAACUAUUGAACAAAAGUGUGUCAGUUGGUUACAACAACAACAGCUGCCUAGACAUCCAAUCAAACACUGGCUUUCAUGGAGUGAUUUGUAACAUACUUUAGUAUUGGACAAAAGUGUGUCAGUUGAUUACAACAACAACAGCUGCCUGGACAUCCAAUCAAA